UAGGUACAGGUUGUGGGAGUUUUGAGGGAAAUUUUUAACUUUUUUAAACAAAUUCGUGAAUUUUAUUAUAAAGAUAGAGGCGCUAACAGCAAAGUAUUAUUUUUUGUAACUCCCGCAGUCGGUCCCGUUGAAAAAUUAGUCCCGGAAAGUGUAAGAAACGUGGAAAACCGUAGCGCAGAAGAUCCUCAAAAAGACCGGAUCCUUUGAGCUCCGGGUCCGGCAAACAAUCAUCCUUCUCACAAUCAACCUCAGAGAGUGCUGAAAUCUGCGGCCGAGUUCCGCCUGUAGGAAACCGGCAAAAACCAGAGGGUUUAUGUAAUUUUUUGGAUCACGUUGCAUUGCCGCUUGGAGGAUGAUUUCGGCCGUGGGACACCUUACCAGAUUCGCCAGGACAUCUCUCCCAAAACUCACACUUACGAGGCAUCUGCACCGGGACCAAACGCUGCUGGCUGGCCACUCGAAGUGGCAAAAUAUCCGUCACGUGAAGGCGCUGAACGAUGGCCGAAAAGCAGUCCUAUUCAUUAAGCUCGCCCGCCAGAUCCGUCUUGCGGUGCAGGCCGGUGGCCCAAAUCCGGCGGUCAACAACGUACUCCGAGCGGCUAUCGAUGAAGCGUUGAAGAAGAACAUGCCCAACGCCACGAUUCAGGGAAUUCUGAAAAAGUGCACCGCACAAUCGGUCGAACUGAAGAAGUAUACCGUCGAGAUUAAAGCACUGGAUCAGGUGAACAUAAUCUGCGUGUUGUACACGGACCGUUUUGCUCAGCUCAAGAUGGAAAUGGCCACAAUUCUACGGAAAAACUUCGCACUGUUCUUCGAUACUAUGCAUGCGUUUGAUGAAAGAGGUUUCAUCGAAGCCAUUCCACCGCCAGAAGUGACGAACGAUCAGCUGGAUUCCGUAUGUACGGAUCACGCAAUCGAAACGGGUGCUGAGGACAUCGAAGUGAUGGACGAGAGCAAUCGGCUAGUGAGGUUUCUGUGCGAGGCUCGGGUUGUCGAUCAAGUGAGGAAAGAACUGGAGAAGCUCAACUACAGCGUGGAACACACGGAACAGGCAUACUUUCCGAAGUCGACCAUCAAACUGAAUGCGGAUGCAAUGUUGGCGUACGAGAAGCUAAAAGAGAAGCUUAAAGCGAUGGAUGGAGUGGAGGACAUUUACGAUAAUGUUGAAAUCACGGGCUAGCCGUGUAGAGCGUCUUAAAGUUGAAUGAAUCAAUUGUUCCUGUUAUCGUUUGAGACGUGAUGCCGGUAAUUUUAUUUGAAGUUUGUGUGACUUGAUUUUAGCAUCUUAAACAUAACA